AGUGGCGGUGGCCGUGGCGUUGUGCGGCUCUCUCUCUCUCUCGUGUGGUGCCACUCUCACUGCUGUCGACCACACAGCACGCAACACUCCUACUACUCACCACCACUAAAACCCACCCCCCCCAACCUCCCUCCUCAACCACCACCAAUCCCAACCCUAUAGCCACUCCCCCCCCACCCCCAGCCCCCCCAUUCAUUCCUCACCACCCGAUGAAAGCCAACAACUCACCACCACCACCACCACCACCUCACUCACCACCCCCUAGGGCUGCGGGCAGAUCGCCCCACCGACCGCGGCCGCCAAUGACGACGCCGACGCCGCUGACGGCGGUGGCGGUGGUGGCGAUGGUGGUGGCGCUGUCCGGCGCGCCACCGUCUCGAGCCUCGGCGGCGAUGGUCUCGACGGUUCGGGCGAGACCUCCGCCGGGGCUGAGGUCGCUUCUCGUGGGGGCUUCGGCCGCACGCCUCGGGCUGCAAAUGCAGCAGCUGCGUGCGGGGAUGGAGUACGGGGGGUUGAGGACCCUCGUGAAGAAGGGAGUGCUACGUGGGCAGAGAGUACGGCCGCUGCUGAGACCGCAUUUGGAGUUCGCGCUCGCGCUGGUCCCGAGAGAUGCCGGGUUGAAGAGCAAGUACCUGAGACAUCAUACAGGUCACCUGUUCUUCCCUCGGCAGUGCAGCGCUCACUACUACCGCCUGUACCACACCUCCCGUGACUGCACUACACCCGCUUAUUACAGGCGUUGUGCCCGACUGCUGUCUCGCCUGGCGGCGAGUCCAGUGUGCCGCGCCUAACAACACACUUCAACUUACACACUUACACUUACACACACACUUACACAUACACACUUACACUUACACACACACUUACACACACUUACACACUUCAACUUAAACACACACUUACACUUACACACUUAC